AUGUCAGCCCAAACAUUUAUCAAGAAUCAUAUUCUUAUGGAUGUCGAAGCACAAUCACCACUGCCCACUGGAGGCCACAAAAUGCUCUCCAGAGAAGAGUGGUUGAAGCUCAAGCCAAUCAUACAGCAAUUAUACAUAGACGAGGAACGGAAAUAUCCUGCUGUUGCUCGUGAGCUCGCAAGAAGGUUCGAAUUUUAUCCUACAAGACGUCAAUUCACACGGAAGACCGAAGAAUGGGGCUUGAAGAAGAAUUUCAGGAAGGCGGAAAGGAAGCUCCUUCUUCAAAAUGACAAAAAAGGCGACAUCGCGGAGUUUGUUGAUGGAGACAAACGUGUUUCGGAUCCUAAAAGAAUCCAAAGAUUGAAGAAAAGAUAUGCACAUGAAAACCCAUGUUCUCAAGUGCAAUUAGUUCCAUCGUAUCAAGACAUCAAUAUCCCGCCAAAAUCUGUUGGGUCAUAUUGCCCACCCGAAGAGCAACUACCCAUAUCGAAUUAUGUGAAUGAAAUCGCUUCAGCUGAUGUGGAAUCGAUAAUCUCAAACGUUAACGAGGAGAAUGACGCUAUGGACCUGGAACAAUGGCCCCUCAGUUGGGAUAUUGAUGUCCCUGGAUCUCCUGGAUUGACUCGACUGUUUAGACUGUUGGAGAUUGAAGCUUCUAUGCCACCGUUAAACCUUGAUGAUGAAGUCGUGGACAAGAAAGAGACGAUCUCCGGGAACGAGCUUCGCAACAACGUAGAAUCUCACGGAACAACAAGUAAACAACUAUCUACUCUCUGUAGCCGCGUCAAAUAUGCUUACAUUCCCAAUGUUGUGAUCCAACCUGUUCCUACCCCGGGAAAAAGAAUCCCAUGGAGUCCGUUGUUCGAGCUUGACAUUUUCCCAACUUCUCGAAGUACGCGUGGUUAUGAUUCUGGAAUGACGAUUGCAUCUGUAUCCAGCCCAUUGAUUGAAGUGUGGAAAAGAGAGAUUGAAGAUUGGGAACUUAAGCUUCGGAAGCUCAGGAAGAUUUUACCAGACCAUAACCCAGCAAUUAUUUUAAGUCUCGAGAAUUUGAUACAUCUCAACGAGCAAAGUAGGGGGAGAUGCUUGAGUUUACAUCUUCAACUCCUAGCUGCAAGGCUGAAAGAGAGCUGUCCUAAUAAUCACCGAAUAAUGGAGAUCUAUCUUGAAAUUGUCAUGGGUCUUUUGUUGAAAGGGAAAGUUUCAGACGCGACAUACCUAUCUCGAAGCUUGCGUGGAGCGAUCCAACAAUCGCAACUGAGCUCCGGACACCCCUUCUAUAUUCGACUAUCCUACCUUGAAGCUUAUAUCUUGUACAUUGAUAGACAAGAUGCGGAGGCCGAGUUAAUCAUUCGAUCAGUGAUACAGAACCUCUUAAAUAACCAGAAUCUGGACCGCAAUCAUAUAAUCACAAGCGAUGCACUCAUGCUUCUUACUUAUUUGAUUGAAGGAAAAAAUGAAGAUGCAUUUUCCGAAAUCGAGAAAUUACAUAGAUACAACAUUCAUCAAGCUAUUAAACAUGGCCUAAGUCUAGGUAACACUUACUUCGAAAGUGUGGACCAUUUGAUCUACGUUCUGUUGGAAGGUCAAAAGAUUGAAGAAGCUCACAGUCUAUGUAGUUAUAUUAUGGAAUGCGUGGAAUUAACACUAGGCAAGAGGCACUAUUGGUAUUAUAGAUACCAAGAGCAACUAGCCUCUGUUCUUUUUAGCAGAGGCAUGAUAUCGGAAUCUAUCGAUGUCUUCCACAAUAUAUUGCUCGAAGCAGAUAAUUACCACUUUCAAGCCGGGACUUGUUAUAAUCUAGGUUGUGUUCUAGAGGAAUGUGGAAAUUUUAGGGAAGCAAUAGUCAGUUAUAAGAGAUGUCUCUUGAAUGAGGUUCAAAGGGAAGGUUGGGAGAGUUGGAUUGAUUCGAAAAUAACGAUUGAAAGGCUAGGUCAUUGUUAUGAAGAGUUGUCACAGUUCAAGGAUGCAUUGUUUCUGUAUGAAAACACGCUAGAAAAGAUAAAGAGAAUCGUUGGAGGCGAUCAUUCAUUUAUCAAGAAAGUCGAGGGUUGGAUUUCUGAGGUACAAAAGCGGAUAGAAGAAAGCGCUGCUGAGGAAUUGAGCGCUCCGCGUCAGUUCCAAAUGGGAGAAGUCGAUGAUGACUUGGGGUAUGGACAGUUUAGCGAGAAAGUUGUAGAUGAUGUGAGCUUAAGGGAGAUAUUCGAGAUAGAAGACAAGGAACUGGAUGAAAAGAUUGCCGAUAUAAGUGAACAGAUUAGUUCAAUGAAGCUUUCCUAG